CAACGUUCUUCAUGUUCACUGUCAUACAAGUCUUGUGAGCUGCACCUACUCGCCUCUGUCUCUCUCGCUCUCAUGGACGUGGGUUCUUUUGCCAUUAGAGCAGCACUGCUAGUUGUUUCUCUAGCUGUGCACCAUAGAGGGAUUGCAAGGGGUGGUGGUUGUGAUCUUUAUAAAGGGAUUUGGGUUCGUGAUGAAGCAUAUCCUCUCUAUGAUGCCUCGCGAUGUCCCUUCAUAGAGAAGGAGUUUGACUGUCGCAAGAAUGGUCGCCCAGACAGAGACUAUCUCAAGUAUAGAUGGCAGCCCAAGGCAGGGUGCAAGUUUCCAAGGUUUGAUGGCGGUCAUUUCUUAUCACAAAUACUUAAAGGGAAGAGCAUCAUGUUCGUGGGAGAUUCACUAAGUUUGAAUCAAUGGCAAUCACUCACUUGCAUGCUUCAUGUGGCUCUACCACAAGCUAACUAUAGCCUGGUCAGGACAGGAGAGCUGUCCACUUUCAGCUUCCCUGGAUAUGGGGCUAAAGUGAUGUUCUCCCGCAAUGCAUUUCUAGUUGACAUGGUAAGCACAAGCCAUGGGGUUGCUCUUAUGCUUGACUCCAUUAAAGGUGGAGAUUUAUGGAAAGGGAUUGAUGUUUUGGUCUUCAACACCUGGCACUGGUGGCUUCAUACAGGGAGAAAACAGCCAUGGAAGUUUAUUCAAGUCGGGAAUGCUAGAUAUCAAGACAUGGAUCGGCUGGUCGCAUACGAGAAAGCCUUGACUACGUGGGCUAAAUGGGUCGAGACCAACGUAGAUACUGCAAAAACCACAGUCUUCUUCCAAGGGAUUUCUCCAGAUCACAUGAAUGGAAGUGACUGGGGUGAGCCAAAUGCAAGGAACUGUGAGGGGCAGAAAGAUCCGUUCUUCAAAACGUACCCAGCAGGACAUCAUCCAGCACAGCUAGUUGUUGAGAAAGCAAUAGGCGCAAUGCCAAAGCCAGUAGCAGUACAUUUGCUCGAUGUCACGGCCCUUUCACAGCUGAGAAAAGAUGGCCAUCCUUCAGUCUAUGGCGGCCAUGGUGAACACAGAGCUAUGGACUGCACCCACUGGUGUCUAGCUGGGGUUCCUGAUACCUGGAAUGAACUUCUGUACGCAGCUCUCCUUCGAAGUUAAUUAUAAACACCUGCAGUAAACAGUAAUUAUUUGUUCUUCUCAAACACGUUAAUAUUGUUUCUGAAAUAAAGAAAUUAUAGCAUUUUGGAUUAAA